AACUUAUAUAGAGUUUAUUUCUUGAGUACAUGCAAGGUUCAUCGAAGCAGCUACACUCAAUAUUUAUAAAUGAUAAGAUUUUGAUCGUCUCUGGUUGAAAUGAGUGAGGAAGUCGGUGAUAAAGAAGUAGCUGAGGCUGCAGAAUCUCUUCAAAGUUUAAACGUAGAUGGAUCAAAGGAUGGAGAUACACAAGACAAACAAAAAGUUGAUAUUCUACUGAAACCAACAGGAAAUGCUCCUAUAAUGAAAAAGAAAAAAUGGACUGUUGACAGUGAAAAGCCUAUUGGAUGGAUUAUUGAAUUUAUUAAGAAAUACAUAAAGAUUGAACCUACAGAAAAAUUGUUUUUGUAUGUCAAUCAAACAUUUGCUCCUGCUCCGGACCAAACUGUUAGAAAUUUGUAUGAUUGCUACAGCACUGAAGGAAAACUAGUCUUACAUUAUUGCAAAACUCAAGCUUGGGGUUAAAACUAUAUUUCUCAUUUUUAUAUUUGUGAUAACAUAUUAAUAUUUUUAUAUUUUAAUUAAUUUCUGUGUAUUAAAAGUCACAAUAUGUAA